AUGCAAAAGACUUCAGAAGAGAUGGAAAGAAUUAUUGACAAACACCACUUACGUCAAUACUCAGGAGUUUACGAUAUGAAACGACUGACAAACUACAUUCUAUCAAAACUUUCAAAAUACCCCUUCAAAAAGUAUCCUUCAAACACUCUGCUCGUUUGUGACGACUUCGCCGGAAAAGGUUUAGUGUCAAAACCAGACUCACCAUUAGCUAACAUCAUAACUAAAGUCAGACAUUACCAUUUAACUGUAGCAAUACUUAUGCAAACAUGGAGGUUUUUAGCUUUAAACAUAAAACGUCUCAUAACUGACUUCGUUAUCUUUCAAGGUUUCUCACGCUAUGAUAUUGAACUCAUUUGGAAACAGUCAGGUAUAACAUUACCUUUUGAAGAAAUUUGGGAAGCAUAUAAGUCUCUCAUCUCUCCUCGUUCAUACCUUGAGAUUCAUAUCAUGACUAAUACCAUUAAAGUCAAAAAUAUUCCAUGGGAACGACCAACAUUGUUUUAA